CAAAAGGAACCCAAGCCUUGGCUCUUUGAUAUUUUCUACGCCAAGUCCCGAGAGCCUGGUCCAAUGUACACACCUUGCAGAGAGUGUGCCUCGAUACCCAUGGACCAUCUUACAUUUUACCACCAAUUCCAAUACUCUCCAGCCGUUGAAAUCUGACACCGAUAAAUGACGAAAUCAUUUCAAAACCCUCAAUUUUCCACUUCAACUCUGCGACAGGAUCGUCCGGCAAUCGAGACGACCCUGUCAUUUCGGAAAUGGAAGAAGCCCCUGUGGCCCGCAUCAGGACCAGGGCUGAGCUUCUGGCAGAAGGGCUAACAACGGUAUGGCGUCUUUGAUACUGGUGAUGAUUUCAUGGCUUUUAUCGCGCAUGAUUCAAGGAAUAAAGACUCGUUUGUGUUUGAGAAGUAGCUGGACAUUGUUCUUUGACCUCGCACGUUGAUCUAUGGUAGAAUGCCACCAGGCGAUACUCCAUAAGUUACAUACAACAAAGAUCGUCAACUCAUCGACUUGCCUAUCUUGCUACUCUCAAUUUCCCAGGCAUGCCGUUAACCAUUCUCUUUACAGCAUUCUCCGCGAAUAUUCGUUCAAUCACCCGAUGUCGGUCCUAUAAAGGCUAGGGCUAAGUGUCAAGCCAUGGAGUCGUCAUCACCCCUUCAACUGUCAAAGUCAGCUGUUGAAAGCCCGUAUUGGAUGGAUUCAAAGUCAGAUUACAACAAAGUUCAUAUUCAAUGCAAUGGGCGUACUGUACAUAUUCUCUAAACGCGGAAUCGACUCUGCUCUCUUCGCCGAGUCCACUCUCAGACCGAAGUGAACUGUCCGCCCCCACGAAUGGAUAUCCAAGCGACAAUCCUGUCGAGUUUCACAGUUUCAGAACUCUUCUGACAGGGAUGUUUUAUCGAUCAGGGGCAAAUUGAACCAUUAGCGGUCCCGUUUCCCCUGGAUCAUCCCCGCCACUCGCGGUAAUUCUGGACCUUUCAGCGUCUCCCUGUCCCUAGUGGCCAGGCCGCUCCACCUGGCGGGCGCCUCUAACUCCAGCUCCGCCGUUGCUUUCUUCCCUUCUCUUUGACUUCUAGGCUUAGGUUGUACUUUAUUCUCUACACCAACACGAACGACAAUGCUGAUGUGGCUGUCGUUUCUUAAGCCUCUCUUUAACCUCGUAUAGGUCAUCUACACUCUCUUGGUUAUUUCUUCAAAACAUUCUCUUGUACUGACGGUGCGAGCGCCGCUCUUGUUCUUCAUCCACAGUCCUCUUCUGCUGGACCGCCGUCCUUCAUUCCAACAUUCGAUUAGCGACCCGCUUCAAUAUUGACACGCGCUGAAAGAAGAUACAGCAUACGUCGUUGUCUCAAUAACAUCGUGUUUUGACUUUUUGACCGUUUCUCGAUCAACAUCCCCGAACUCAGUUCAAGCAUUAUCAACUUGCCCAUGCAACCAAGUAGUAUUAUACCCGAAACCUCGAGCAAAAUACGCAACACCACAUUCAUUAUAUCUUUCUCGAUCUUUUCGAAUUUAUUUCACUCAUUACCAGCUCCAUCUUGAACUGGGACACAUCAGUAAAAUGCCCUCCAUUGACGAGGCCAUGGCGCGGAGCCUUCGGGGCAGUGCCUGGGAGGUGGUCAAAGACAAGUUUGUCCGGACAAUUGUAGCCGACCUUUCACGACGAGACAUGUUAGCCGAUGCAGCGCAAACAACCGAUGAGGUUGCACAGAAAUCAGAAGACUUCGCAACCGCUUUCUCUAGCUGGGACAACUGUAUGAACGUGGCGUGGUGCAAGUGGCCAGUAAUUGGUGUGAUGAUCAUCGGAGGUCUUAUCAUUUUCAGUAUUGUUUGGUGUAUUAUUCGCUGCUGCUGCUGUGGUCUUUCAUGUUGUUGUAGCUGCUGCCAGUGCCUGAAGUGCUGCGGUAACUGCUGCGGUGCUUGUGACCCUCCACGCAGUGCUACGAAGCAUUUGGAUGACCCUUAUGCUCCCCAAGGUCAGCAUCAUGGAUACCGAAGUGAACCCCCAAUGAAUUCAUCAGCGCCUCAGUACGGCGUCACAAAGCCCAUGCGAUCCGAGCCACCUCAGUAUGCAGAAUUCGAAACGAGUAAAGGCAGAGACGAUGACGCCCUCCCUGAAAUGCCCAGCUGGGAGGGUGCUAGCAGCAAAAAGGUCGAGGUCCACACAGAGGCCGUUGAGCUUGACACUCUACCUUCGAAGCCACCUCAUAGUCAGCAAAGCAACAUGAUGGGGGGAGUUGCGCCGAACAAUCUGACUCCCUACAGCCAGGCACAGAGUAAUUCAAGCGGCUACCUGGGCGCUAACCAAGCUCCCGAUGCCUAUUCACCUAUCGACCAGCAGGGUUACGGCUAUCAAGCCCCCGGCAUGAACCCCAUGUACAGCAAUGCCGCUGCUGUCGCACCGAUGCCACAUGAACGUCGCUCCCCAGCCUUGAACACCAAUGGAUACGGCAACCAAGGCUACGGCCAUGAUCAAGGAUUCGAACAACCCCAAGGCUACGGGCAGAUGCAGGGCUACGGGCAACAAGGCUACGGCCAGGCCACUUCCCCCAACGAUUAUGCCGCAACUUAUAGCGGAUACCGAGGAACUCCUCCGCCGCGGCCUGCCAGUUUCGCCAAGCGAGCUUCAAUGCAUCAAGAUGAAUUUGGUACUUAUGGACAGCUUCCUCCUCGUCGUUCUCCAGCUAUACCAGAAGACUAUGGUUAUGGAUCACCCGUUCGUCAAUCACCCGGCCCCCAAAACGAUUUCGGCUACGCUCAGCCACCUCGCCAGUCUCCAGCGCCUAUGAACGAUUAUCGAACACCGCCUCCUGGUCCCGAGGCGAGCUAUGGUGCAAAUCCUGUUCAGCAGCGGCAACACAUGCCAGAGUCCCACUCUCCGCAAGAGCCAUACCCAGGUUUCAAGCCAUACCAGCCUUAAGCGGUGGAUUUAUGACACUUUGGAGGUGAACGAAAGAAAAGGCAUAUGGCUAUGUUUUUCUGAGUAUUUCAUGGAUAUACGGAGUUGUUUCCGGCAUUUUGUUACUACUUUACUAAGUUUUUAUGCGUGGGCGUUUCUGGGGAGAACUUCGGUCGAACUUUUCUUUAGAAUUUGGGUCUGGAUACUCAUGUUAUAUUUUUGGAGGGCCCCAUGAUACGGAUUUGUCUCGUCAGCCUGUAGAAAGAUGGCUUGAAUGCACCACUUGGCUACGACACAAGGACUUCUCGCCUACGUGAUGAAACUCUGUUCAGCUUCAUGCAAGCUUGGCGUUAUAGCCAAGACUUAGCCAUUCAUUUAGAUGAUGAGUUUGCUAAACAAUAAUGAUCCUCGCCCAUGAGGCUUUGUGAAGUUUGAUUUGAAGUCGCUUCUAAUCCCGAAGUGUAAUCCCACCUGAAAACGCCCCAGGCUCCUAUUUACGCCGUGAGCCUGACUGCCACUGAAUGCCGACAAAGAACCACCAGUAUUUGCAAUAUAGUAUAUCUCCAUUCGCUGGUAAGACGCCACGACUCGAAACCAGUACAGAUUGUUUGUAAAAGACCCAUACUACCAGAAAACUCGAGAAAACUUGAAACAAAACAGACAGGCCUGUCCAAAGCUUAUGUAACCUCUUCUACUCCUUGGGAUAUAGCUCUUGGGGAACCUUAUCCUGAGGACCACGGGCGCUCGCACUGCUUCCUAUGAUUGUGCGAUCGUCACCGUCGCGCUCGGGAUCAUACUCUCCAGAGUCUCUGCCUUUGGGUUGCGUGGAAUGAGUGGGACGCGUGACAUGCUUAUCGUCAUCGUCAUCGGACUCACUGUCAGUCUCGUGCUCUGAAUCGACAAGUCUGACACGUGAAGUCUCGUCCUCGCUGUCGUCGUACCUCCUGCGGCGGCCUUCGUCAUCAGAUUCGUUGCCAUGGCUUUCGUGGUUGGUCUCUUUGAGCUUGAUGAACGAGUCGAUGAUAUAGUAUUGGAGGGCGUUCAUGAUGAGGGGGAAGAUCAUCAUGACAAACGCGAUCUGAAGCUUCUCAUUGCCCUCGGUCCAGCCAAGAGCCCAAUCGCCAGCUUUUGAGAUCCAAGGCAUCAUUAUGAAGAUGAUGAGCACGCAGAUCUUCAUGCCAAAAAGGCCACAGAAAUAAAUGACUGAUUGUUUUAACCACCACCAGGCAUUGGGCGGCGUACCGUAGUUGCCAGACUGAACAGAUUCGGGGGGUUGGCCGACGGGUGUGAAACGAACGAGACCUGUGAGGAUCUUUAGGAGAAUGAUGAGUAUGGGGAUACCGAGAGUGGUCUAUAGAUGUUAGCAAAUCUGGGGUGUGAAUCACAGCAUAGGCUGAUACUUGCAUCUAUCGCGAGGUUGAGAAGAUAGAAAGAGCAUGGGUUCGGGGCGUAGUUGUCGUCAUCGGAUCGUCUUGUCAUGGAUGUUGCUGAAGGGUCGACCUGGACCGAGAAUCGACCGCUCGUCAACAUGGACAUGAAGAUGUUGGCGAUGUGGACGAGCACAGAACCAAAAACCUGCUUUGACACGUCGAAGAACCAAAUCUUGAGAGGUCGUUGAGGUCGUUCCCGCCACCGCUUAUAGACGAGGGAGAGUAGAGCCAGAGCACCAAGUGCGCCUUGUACAAGCAGCGCGAAGGAGCCCAGUAACGAGCACUCCCCAUUGGAAUCGUCUUCGUCGUAUGACUGUGGUGCUCCGGACGCGAUGAAGGUUGCGGAUGCGGCUGUGGAGGAAGCCAUGGAGGCGGCCGAGGCGAUAACUGAGGUAGCCAUCUCUAGAACUGUUGAAGAUUGGGCGAGAAUCAAGGAAGAAGCAUCAUCGACGGCGACUGGUAUAUCUUCGAGGUUCGACGGAGGUUGCAUGUGUACGUGGACGUUUGAUCGAUUAUGAUGUCGAAUGUCUCAGUAGAGAGGAGAAGUGGUGAUGUUUCAGGACAGCCAAAAGGGUCCAACGGGGGCGAAGAAAGAGACGAAUGAGAGUUGUUGAGAGCAAAACUCUUACAAAACUUGUCAAGAGAUGAAACUUGUAUUUAUCUUGGUAUAACGAUAGCAAAAAGAAAGACCAAAAAGAAGAUGACGAAUGGAGACAAAAUGAAAGGGGGAGGAAAGUCAAAACGGAGAACGAGGCGCUUGUGACUGAUGGGACUGAUCAUGAAUAUCGACG